CUUUUUAACAAAAAUAAUUUUUCUAUCCAAAGCAUCGUUUCUAAGGAAAAUUAUGAUGAGCUUCAUCUAAUCCAAUCAGGUAAAUAUUGAAGCCCUAGAUAUAAUCUGUGAUAUAUGUUCAUCAUAAGCCCAAACCUUAAAGCCCAGGAAAUAAAUCACGAAUCCUAUCGUUACAGCAUCAACAAAGGUCUCUCACCUAGCUCUUUCGCCACACGAAACUACCCCGCUUCCAUUUUCGAAGACACAAUACCGAGAAAGAAAAAUGAAGCCUCGUCAAGAACAAGAAGAAGACGAAGAACGACUUCGUCAAAGAAAACUUGAAGAAUCCCUUGAAAUAAAAUCUCUACGGCGCAUAAUCAGUGCCUACCUUAAUUAUCCAGAGGCAGCUGAAGAGGAUGUGAAAAGAUACGAAAGAUCGUUUAGGAAGCUUCCUCCUUCUCACAAAGGUUUGCUAUCACACUACCCUUUGAAGUUUCAAAGACUAAGAAGGUGUAUUUCUAUAAAUUCGUAUUUCAUAUUUAGUAUGCUUCAGGCAUUUGAGCCACCCCUGGAUAUGAGCCAGGACAUUGAUGACUGUGGGGAAUUGCACUUUGAACGGCCUCCAAAUGAUGGGAAUGUUUGCUCUCAUGAGUCUACCACAGCUAGGGGAAGUUGUUCCAAACUUGAUGAAGCUUGCUGUGGAGAACCAAGCAAUGUGAUGAGCAAACUAGCAGAGGGUUUGACUGCCAUUGAGGAAAUGCAAAUUGAAGGUUGUCAUGGGUCUGAUGCUGGGAGCUGUCUGGCAGGCGAGGAAAAUAACAAAAUGGCAGCUGAAUGUUGUGGGAAUCAUGUUUCUGAUUCCAAUGGAAAUGUGAUGGUCCCGUCAUCACCUCGUGAUUGGUUGGAUCCAUCAUUUCAGUUGCAUGUUCCCCUGGUUGAUGUUGAUAAGGUCCGUUGUGUAAUAAGAAACAUAGUAAGAGACUGGGCAGCAGAGGGACAGAAAGAACGUGAUCAGUGCUACAAGCCUAUUCUUGAAGAGCUCAAUUCUUUAUUCCCUAGUCUUUGCAACAAAAGUCCCCCGACAUGUUUAGUUCCUGGUGCUGGUCUUGGGCGUCUGGCCUUGGAGAUUUCAUGUUUGGGUUUCGUGAGCCAGGGAAAUGAAUUUUCAUACUACAUGAUGAUAUGCUCAAGUUUUAUUCUUAAUCAGACCCAGAAUGCAGGGGAAUGGACUAUAUAUCCUUGGAUCCAUAGCAAUUGCAAUUCACUUUCAGACAGUGACCAACUCCGUCCUGUUUCAUUUCCAGAUAUUCAUCCAGCAAGUGCAGGGAUUACUGAAGGAUUCUCCAUGUGUGGUGGUGACUUUGUUGAAGUCUAUAGUGAUCCAAGUCAAGUAGGAGUUUGGGAUGCAGUUGUAACUUGUUUUUUUAUUGACACGGCACACAAUAUUGUUGAAUACAUUGAAAUCAUAUCAAGGAUUUUGAAAGAUGGGGGGGUUUGGAUAAAUCUGGGACCACUCCUGUAUCAUUUUGCAGACAUGUAUGGACAAGAAGAUGAGAUGUCCAUUGAACUGAGCUUGGAAGAUGUAAAGUGUGUUGCGUUUCAUUAUGGGUUUGAAGUUGAGAAAGAAAAGACAAUUGAGACAACCUACACUACAAAUCCUCGAUCAAUGAUGCAAAACCGAUACUUUGCUGCAUUCUGGACAAUGAGAAAGAAAUCAGCGGCGGCGGAAAAGCAUUCAACAUGAUAAGCAGCAGUGGAGAAGCAUUUUGCAUGAUGAUUACCUGCCUUUGUAUUAUGUGGUCUGCUAUAUUGUCAUUUUUUUUUAUUAGUAUUGAGUAUUUGGACUAGUUUGCAUAUACCUUGUCGAUCAUGUAAGUCUAGUGAUUUGAAAGGAUGUAAACUUGUAAUUAUUAGAAAUCAAAUCCAAAAUCUAAUAUGUUGAACUAGCGUUUAGUAUGCUCCAUUGUUCCUUCAUGUAAAAGCUGCAUACAGAAUCCAGUAAAUUGGAACCAACUUCUUGAAAAUAACAUACAAGGUUCAAGAUUAAUUUGAGCGAUGU